AAUUCUGAAGGAUCUAUUCCCACGGAUUCCGUACAGUGUAAUUCCACCAAAGGACCAGCAGCAACCUUACUCUCAGUACGAUAUCGUUGAUGAUGGCGUACAGCGGUAGCUCGGCCGCCGUCUCUUCCCAAGCGGUUGGCGGCGGUGCAGGUGUCCCACCACCUCCUCCUGGCCCGCCCGGUCGCGGUCGAUCUCCCUCAGGCAGACGCUCGCUUUCUCCACGAGGAGGCCCCGGUCGUCGUUCGGUUUCUCCUCCCCGCGGCGGCCGGCCCGCCCCGCCUGCUGAUUAUUACGACUCCCGCGCUCCAGCACCUUACGACGGUCCUCGCGGUGGAUCUUACGAUCACCACGGCAGCUACGGCCCGCCUCGCGGUGGUCCUCCCAGCUAUGGCGGAGGCUACGAUCGUGGUUACGAUGACAGAGGUCCCUAUCCUCCUCGCGGCGGAGGUGGUUACGGCGGUGGUGGCGGCUAUGGUGGCCCUCCUCCUCCUCGUUACGGAGGCGGCGGUUACGGCGGCCCACCCGGUCGUUACGGAGGCGGCGGUGGCUACGGAGGUGGUUACGGGCGCCGUAGCCCCCCACCCAGGAGGCGAUAUGAAGUCAUCAAAGGCAAUGAAGAGGAGAGGCUCACCAGUACGUGCUUGUAUGUCGGUAACCUGCCGUACAACUUCCGGGAAGAAGAUGUCCAAGACCUCUUCGACCGUUAUGGUCGCUUGGUUUCCGUCUCGGUUCCACAGGACCGUUUCACCGGGCGAAACAAAGGGUUUGCUUUUGUCACCUAUGAAGACCGCCGUGACGCUGAAGAUGCAAAGAAUAAAUACGACACCACUCAGGUCGAAGGUCGCCGUCUGAAAAUCGACUGGGACAUCGGUCAGAACAAGAAAGACCAGAUCAAAAAUGUUUCCCGCCCACCACGCGAAAACGGACCGGACGGUGCUCCCCCUGCUGGUGACGACUUUGGCCGGGACCGUGCUCGUUCUCCCCCGCCGUCGGCUGGUAAUCCCUAAUGCACGCUUUCCGCUGCGCAGAAUCUACUGUACUCACUUACUGUUUGCGUUGUAGGCCGAAGAUCUCCCCAGUACAG